CGCGGUCUUGUGACGUCGAGCGCGGCGAUUGGCGGGCGGCGGUCACCUCUCUCUCUGCUCUCCUCCGAGAGCGGGCGCGCGCCGCCCACCAUGGCCGCGGCGGGGCUGCGGAGCCGGGGGCCGCUCCUGGUGCCGCGCGGCGCCUGGCGCAGUCUCUCCGCGGGGGCGGACGGGGAGGAGCGGGUGAGCCGCGUCCUGCGCGAGAAGUUCCCCCGCGCCUCCGCCAUCCGAGUGGUGGACAUCUCGGGCGGCUGCGGGGCCAUGUACGAGAUCCACAUCGAGUCCGAGGAGUUCCGGGAGAAGCGGACGGUGCAGCAGCACCAGAUGGUGAACCAGGCGCUGAGCGAGGAGAUCAAGAGCAUGCACGGGCUGCGCAUCUUUACCUCCGUCCCCAAGCCCUGACGGAGCUCAGCGCUGGAGGAGGGGGUGGGGGGGGAGUUGCGGGGGGGUGACCUGGCCAAUAAAGGUGUAGCUGCAC